AUGUCUUUAUAUUCUGUUCUAACUGAUUCUAAUGUGUUUACAUAUGAAUAUUUUCAACAAGAAGACGUAUGUAGGCUAUGCUGGAACAGAAAUGCCGAAAGGGUAAUUAUCUCAAGAAAUAUUGAAAAAAGUUGUAACAUUAAAAACGACUUGCUGGAUAAAGUACGUUAUUGCUUAAAUAUUGAUAUAAGUUUAUCAGAUACAGACUACCCCAACAAAGCAUGUGAAAAUUGUUUCGGUCAGUUGGAAAAAUUUCACGAUUUUAAAUUUUUUUGUAACGAAAAUGACAAAAAGUUACGUGAGAUAAUACUAAAUAAAAUAGAUGAUAAGUCUGUCCACGCAACUCAAAAUUCUUGCAUUAAAGUGGAGAAAAAUGAAUCGGCUUGUAAUUAUCAAACGUCGGAAUAUAACGAUUCGUACCUAGAUCAUUUACAUAAUUUAGAUGUAACUAGUGAAUCAGAAACAUUACAAAAACAUGAAAAAAACAGAAAAAGUAGAAUAAAGUCUAAAUACAAACCGAUUCGGACACCAACAUAUUGCAAUAUAUGUAGAAUAGACUUAGAUAAUAUUGAUAAUUUCUCUAAUCACAAUUCAUUAUGUCAUGGAAUUGAGGAUGGGGGACUUUAUAAGUGUUUUGGCUGCGAAAAGAGGUUCAAAAGCAGAAAAACACGAUUGGGUCAUGAGAUUAACUUUUGUAAAGGUUUAAAGGAUGGAUACCAAUGUAGUAUUUGUGAUAGAUAUCUUCCAAAACGAAGAGUGUAUGAAAAUCAUAUGAGAAACCACAGAGAUAAUGUACCAGUGGAAUUGCCAGAUGACAUUUUUAAAUGUUUGAAGUGCUAUAAGUUGUUCAAUACUAAAACAAAUUUAAAAAAGCAUAUGGCUGUGCAUGAUGGUGAAAAGAAAAAUUUUGUCUGCGAGAGUUGCGGUCGAGUUUUCACUAGACAAGACUACCUACAUAAACACAAACUGACACACACAGGAGUUAAACAGCAUGUCUGUCCACAUUGCGGCUUCCGUACAACGCAGAGAUCUUCACUUACUGUACAUAUCAGGAAACAUACGGGCGAGCGUCCGUACAGUUGUGACGUCUGCCCCCAGCGCUGCGUGUCAAGUUCCAACCUGCGGGCACAUCGUCGACGACAUCUUGGUGUCAAGAAAUAUGAGUGUACUAUCUGCAGCAAAAAGUUUGGCUAUAAAAUAAGCUUAGAUGAGCAUGUGGCUUCCACACAUGAACGAUCGCAAUCUCACCCAUGCCAACACUGCGGUGCUGUCUACACUAGGAUAAGAGGUUUACGUCGCCAUUUAUUGGCGAAGCACGGGAAAGGAAAAGAUGAUGAAGUAAUAUCGAAAAUUGAGUUGUCAAAGAAUGGAGAUGACACAACCAAUUUGCAUUUGAAAGUGUUUGCUGAAAAUCAUCCUAGUGCUGAAGGCGUCAAGGUUGACAGUAUCUUAAAAGAUGCUGUAAAGGAUAUGGAGCCGGAUUUCGCAUUGAAGACACAAGAAGAUGGGGUGUACAUUGUAUGA